AUGUCAUGUUUCCGAACGACCUGUCUCUUAAUGCCUGACUACUUCAACCGGAUUCCUCAGCUGCGGGAAAAAACAAAAGAGAGAAAUAUGACAUCAACAAAACCCCACCGCCGCCUCAAAGAGUUCCCCCGCCUCGCCCCGAGCGGCGUCCGCGUCAUCGUCGUGGGCGCCGGCUUCGGCGGCCUGGCGGCGGCCAUUGAGUGCGACCGCAAGGGCCACCAGGUGACGCUGUUCGAGAAGGCGGCCGACAUCGCCGAAGUUCAGCGCGCCGGGGACAUCAUAUCCUUUGAUCCAAACGGCUCCGUCGCCUUUGAGCGCUGGCCGGGCGUCGUCCCGGAGCUGAGAAAGAUCAUGCGCGACACCGACUACCUGGACCUGUUUGACUGGGAGGGCAAGUUUGUCACGAGGCAGAGCUUCAAGCUCGAGAACCAGUGGGGGCUGAGGAUCAAUGGGCACCGCGGCGUCAUUCACUCCAUAAUCUACAACCAUGCCGUCGAGAGGGGAAUCGACAUUAGGCUGGGCUCGAGGGUCACUGAUUAUUUCGAGGAUGACGAGGUUGGCGGCAUCGUUGUGAAUGGGGAGGAGAAGUUCAUGGCCGAUGUUGUCAUCUCGUCCGAGGGGGUCAGAUCCAGGGGAAGGAAGAUCGUACUGGGCUUCGAGGAUAACCCCCAAUCGUCAGGGUACGCCGUCUACCGUGCUUGGUUUCCCGCUGACCGGAUUGCCAACAACGCGACGAUUAGGCAUCUGUGCGUCAAUGGCGACACGCACCUCGGCUACAUCGGCAAGGACAUCCACUUCCUCGCCUCUUCAAUUGCGUCCGGCACCGAGGUGAACUGGGUCUUUACGCACAUCGACGACGGCAACAUUGAGGAGUCGUGGCAGUUCCCAGGCAAGGUAUCCGAGGCACUCUCCUACCUCGAUGGCUGGUGCCCAUUUGUGAGGGAGCUAGUCGAGGCGACGCCUGAUGGCGCCGGCUGCCUCAUCGACCACAAGCUCGUCUACCGGGACCCGCUGCCGACAUUCAUCUCGCCCAAGGCACGCAUCGCGCUUAUAGGGGACGCGGCGCACCCCUUCCUUCCCACCAGCAUACAGGGCGCCAGCCAGAGCAUCGAGGACGGGACCACCAUGGCCGUGUGUCUGGACAUAGCCGGCAAAGACAACGUGACCGAGGCGGUGAGGGCGUACGAGAAGAUCAGGUACGAGAGGGUCCACAGGGCGCAAGCCACGGGGGUCAGUACGAGGGAGAGGUGGCAUAAGGCGGACUGGAAGGAUAUAUGGAAGAACCCCGAGAGUUUGCACUUGGUCAGGGAAGAGUGGCUGCUCAAAUUCAACGCCGAGGACCAUGCAUAUGAGGUGUAUCACGAAGUUGCAGAGAAACUAAGGGCUGAAAGGGAGCAAGGAGUGAGUGCUAAUGGGGUUGAUAUUGCGGUUGUAGCUGCGGCUGAGGGAGGUGUGAAUCUGAAGGACGAAAAAGUGGUAUAA